UCCGUCUUUCCUGAGCUGGAGCGGACGGGGCGUCCUCCCUGGGUCCUGGGUGUUGUAAGAGAAUUAGAAUAAAAGCCCUCCCGAGAUCCGCUCGGAGGACACCCCUGCGCCAUGGGAGUCCAGGGGCUGUGGAAGCUGUUGGAGGGCUCCGGGCGGCAGGUCAGCCCGGAAACGCUGGAAGGGAAGGUCCUGGCUGUCGAUAUUAGCAUUUGGUUAAACCAAGCACUUAAAGGAGUCCGGGAUCGCCAUGGGAACUCAAUAGAAAAUGCUCAUCUUCUCACUUUGUUUCAUCGACUCUGCAAACUCUUGUUUUUUCGAAUUCGUCCUAUUUUUGUGUUUGACGGGGAUGCUCCACUAUUGAAGAAACAGACUUUGGCUAAGAGAAGGCUGAAAAAGGAUUCGGCAUUCAGUGACUCCAGAAAAACUACAGAGAAGCUUUUAAAAACAUUUUUGAAAAGACAAGCUAUCAAAACUGCCUUUAAAAGCAAAAGAAAUGAAGCACUACCUAGUCUUACUCAAGUUCAAAGAGAAGACAUCUAUGUUUUGCCACCUUUACAAGACGAAGAAAAACAUAGUUCAGAAGAAGAAGAUGAAAAAGAAUGGCAAGAAAGAAUGAAUCAGAAACAAGUAUUGCAGGAAGAGUUCUUUCAUAAUCCUCAGGCAAUAGACAUUGAAUCUGAGGACUUUACCAGCUUACCUCUAGAAGUCAAGCAUGAAAUCUUGACUGAUAUGAAAGAAUUUACCAAGCGAAGAAGAACGUUAUUUGAAGCAAUGCCAGAGGAGUCCAACGACUUUUCACAGUACCAACUCAAAGGCUUGCUUAAAAAAAAUUAUCUAAACCAGCACAUAGAAAAUGUGCAAAAGGAAAUGAAUCAACAGCAUUCAGGACAAAUCCAAAGGCAGUAUGAAGAUGAAGGGGGCUUUUUGAAGGAGGUAGAGUCGAGGAGAGUGGUCUCUGAAGACACUUCACAUUACAUCUUGAUAAAAGGUAUUCAAGCUAAGAAAGUUGCAGAAGUGGAUUCAGAGUCUCUUCCUUCUUCCAGUAAAAUGCACAGCAUGUCCUCUGACAUGAAGUCAUCUCCCUGUGAAAAACUGAAGCUAGAGAAGGAGCCUGAUGCCACCCCUCCGUCUCCAAGAACUCUACUCGCAAUGCAAGCCGCCAUGCUGGGAAGUAGCUCUGACGAGGAGGUGAAGGGUGAAAAUCAGAGGCGGUACAGUAAGAGGCGCAUGCCUGCUGCUGCAGACGAAGGCUCCAUGUCUCCACGGACUCUCUCAGCUAUUCAGAGAGCUCUUGAUGAUGAUGAAGAUGUGAAAAUGUGUGCUGGGCACGAUGUGCAGGCGGGAGGGCCAGGAGUGACAGAGCUGCUUAUGGACAGUUCCAGUGAGGACAAUGAUGAGGGACUCAAAGUGAGAGAUGGAAAAGGAAUGCUGUCUACCACCGCUCCUUCAACCAGUGUGAACUUCGUAGAGGAGCAUGUAGCCAGCACUAAUAAGGAAAAAGAUGUGACAGACUCAGCUCGUUUGUCUGUCUUUUGUGAAGGCAGUGAAUCUCAUGUUCCAAAAGAGCAGACAACAUUUAUUCACAUGGUGAAUGAAGCCUUUCAGACAAGCAGUGGGUCUGUGGUUAAGGGUAGAAAAGACCCACUUCCUUUAGCAAGCACAGUGGUUGUACACAGUGAUGCACCUGGGCUCUUGAGUGGAAGGGCACUGACACCAGCACCUCCAAGUUCAAGUUCUGUGUCAAGGAAUGAAACACACACCAAAGUGUUUGAGCUACAGAAAGACCUUUGCCCAUCUGCUAGUAAAUAUGAUUCUUCUGUUGUUUCAAGUGAUAAUGAAACGGAAUUUGAACACAGUCCUGCUUCUGAGGUCAUUGGCACUGUCAGUUUGCAAGAAACAAGUAAAAUAGUAAGUGUCCUUUCAGAGACAAUAGGUAACUUAGAAAAUGUGGCAUCAUUUUACGCUAAAGAGCAUGAGAAUUUCAUGAAAACCACACAAGAAAGGGAGACAGUCAAAUCUGCAGACCAGGAUUUAAUUUCAGUUCCAAAGUCAGUGGAAACAAUGGAAAUCGACUCUGAAGAAAGUGAAUCUGACGGGAGUUUCAUUGAAGUGCAGAGUGUGGUGAGUGGUGAGGAACUUCAGGCUGAAUCUUAUGAAGCUUCCAGAUCUCCCUCCGAACAAGGUGAAGAGGAACUGAUAGGAACUAAGGAAGAAGAAGCCCCUGGUGACAUGGAGAGCCUCCUAAGAGACAACUCUGAAAGUGAGAACUUGCACAUUGAGCCACAUAAGGAAGCUGAAAAAGAUGCAGAGGAUUCCUUCAAUGAAUGGGAAGAUAUUAAUUUGGAGGAGCUGGACACUCUGGAGAGCAGUCUUUUAGCAGAACAAAAUUCACUGAAAGCUCAAAAACAGCAGCAAGAACGAAUCGCUGCUACGGUAACAGGGCAGAUGUUCCUGGAAAGUCAGGAACUUCUGCGCCUCUUUGGCAUUCCUUACAUCGAAGCUCCCAUGGAAGCAGAGGCGCAGUGCGCCAUCCUGGACCUGACUGAUCAGACUUCUGGAACCAUCACUGAUGAUAGUGAUAUCUGGCUGUUUGGAGCGCGGCAUGUCUAUAAAAACUUUUUUAAUAAAAACAAGUUUGUAGAAUACUACCAAUAUGUGGACUUUUAUAACCAGUUAGGAUUGGACCGGAACAAAUUAAUAAAUUUGGCCUAUUUGCUUGGAAGUGAUUAUACCGAAGGAAUACCAACCGUAGGCUGUGUAACAGCCAUGGAAAUUCUCAAUGAAUUCCCUGGACAUGGCCUGGAACCUCUACUAAAAUUCUCAGAGUGGUGGCAUGAAGCUCAAAAAAAUAAGAAGAUCACACCUAAUCCUCAUGACACCAAAGUGAAAAAAAAAUUAAGGACGUUGCAACUCACACCUGGCUUCCCUAACCCAGCUGUUGCGGACGCUUACCUCAAGCCUGUGGUGGAUGACUCAAAGGGAUCGUUUCUUUGGGGGAAGCCUGAUCUUGACAAAAUUAGAGAGUUUUGUGAACGAUAUUUUGGCUGGAACAAGACUAAGACAGAUGAAUCUCUGUUUCCAGUGUUAAAGCAACUGAAUGCCCAGCAGACACAGCCCCGAAUUGAUUCUUUCUUUAGAGUAGCUCAACAGGAGAAACAAGAUGCUAAACGUAUUAAGAGCCAGAGACUAAACAGAGCUGUGACAUGUAUGCUGAGGAAAGAAAGAGAAGCAGCAGCCAGUGAAAUAGAAGCAGUUUCUGUUGCUAUGGAGAAAGAAUCUGAGAUACUUGAUAAGUCAAAAGGAAAAACCCAGAAGAGAAGCACAGCAAAUGAAUCAAAAGAGUCAUCAAGCCUGAAAAGAAAGAAGCUUUCAGAUUCUAAACGAGAGAACAAAUGUGGUGGAUUUUUGGAGGAGACCUGCCUUUCCCAGUCAUCUGAUGCAUCUUCAGAUGAGGAUGCUGCAAAUUUGUCUUUAAUGAACACACAAAAGAGAAAAGCAGUUAAAGAGUCAAAAAUCAGCUCUUCAGAUUUGCAGAGCUCAGUGAAAGAUGCUCAUGUAAAGUAUGGAGGUGAGACUACAAGCAGCUCCAGUGAUGAUGAUGGAGAGAAGGCCCAGACGGUCCUAGUGACUGCCAGAUCUGUGUUUGGGAAGAAAAAAGGGAAACUGAGAAGUACAAGGACAAGAAAAAGGAAAACCUAAUUUAAAAAUAUGUACUCUC